AUGGAUAAAGCAAAAGAAAAUAUUGAAAGAUAAUAAUCUCAAGAUAAUAUUAUUUAAAAGCAAAAUGAAGAAAUAGAUAUAAUGGAAAUGCUUCCUUAAAAAAAUAUGUAUAUAAUUGAAAAACAAUUUGAUACAAGUGAUAAGAAAAAAAAAGGUUUAAAAAUAGAUGAAUUUGUUCGUGUAAUGUUACAUCAUUUAGAAUUUGAUAAAAGUGAUUCAUAAAAAGAAGAUUAAAUAACUUUAGCUUUAAUAGAUUUAUUUAAAGAAAUUGAUGUUAAUGGAGACGGCACUAUGGAAUGGGAAGAAUUUUCUGAUCAUAUUAUAUGUUUAGGUCUUUUAAGAAAUGAUAGAAGUUUUAAAAAUGUAAUAAAAAAUUAUUAUCCAAGUGAGCAUAUAAAGGAUAAUUAAAAACAUGAAACUCCAAUUGAAAAAGUUGUUUAUUUUGAAAAACUGAAAUACUUGAUUGUUUUAGAAAAAGAUUCAACUCGUUUUAAAGUAUAUAAUGCGAAUACUGCGGAAUUAUUUUAUGAAGUAAAUGCCCAUAAAUGUGCUGUUUUGGACGUUGAAUAUAUUCCUGAUUAAAAUUUGAUUGCUACAAGCUCGAAUGAUUUAACAAUUAAUUUUUGGGAUUCUUCAUAUUUUAUACCUAAAUAAAUUGUUUCUGUUCCUGAAAUUUAAUUAUGUAUGAAAUAUGCUAAAUGGUCCACACAAAGCUCACCUUCUUAUUUAUAUACAGGAGGUUCUGAUAGUAUCAUUCAUAUUUACGAUACAAAAACAUUAAAAGAGAAAGGUACAAUAGGAGGUUGGAACCCUUUUUUUAAAAGGGAUUCUUAAUAAUAUGGACAUGCAAGUCCUAUAGGAGAUAUUCUUCCUAUAAACGUCUAAAAUACACUUGUUACAGCUGGUUUAGAUGCUAAUAUAUGUCUAUGGGAUGCUGCAACCCAUUUACCAAAAAAAGAACUAAGAGGACAUGAAAAAGGGGUCUAUAGUUUAGAUUGGUCAGACUUUUCACCCAUGAGUCAAUGCCUAUUAAGUGCAGGAUUGGAUCAUGAAGCUUUUGUUUGGAAUACAUAUGUAAAAGAGAAAAUAUUUCUAUUAAGAGGGCAUAAUCAUCCACUAGUAGGAGUAAAAUGUCUACAUGGAACUCCUUAAGUAAUAACUGCAGAUAUAUCCGGAAUGGUAAAAAUAUGGGACGUUCGUAACUUUUUAUGUAUGCAAACUAUAAAUGUACCCACUGAAGAACUAAAUAGUUUCGUAAUAACUUCGCAUUAGAAAAAAAGAAUAAUUUUUGGAUCUCGAUAUUUAAAUUAUUAUGAAUAUGAUGAACCUAAAGAUUAAAUUUUAACAGAUGAAAAAAUGUGUUUGAGGGUACUUUAUAACAAUGUAUUAUUAUGUUUGAUUACUUUACAUCCUGAUUGUAUAAAAGUAUGGGAUAUUAGGACUGGUAAAUUACAAAGUGUAUAUAGGGAAUUAUCCACAAGUGAAUUAACUGUAUGUGUUUUAGAUACUAGGAAGAGGAAGCUGUUUGUAGGAGACGCUGAGGGGAAUAUAUUUACUGUGAAUAUUAAGAAUGGAGCGAAAAUGAAAAAGUUCGAAAAACAUAACAGAAUGAUUACAGAUAUUAUACACUGGACCUCUAAGAAACCUAAUGAGGAUGAAAUUGAUUAAAAUGAAGAUGACAGUAACGAUAGUAGAAGGGUCGUGAGUAGUGGAAGGGAAGAAACUAUUUAUAUUCAUGAUGAAGAUAGUUAAGAUCCAUCGAAAAGUUGUAGAUAUAAAAUGAGAUAGCAUAAAAAUAGUGUAAAUUCACUUGCUUUGAAGUAGGAUUCAGAACUUUUCGCAAGUGCUGCAGAUGAUUGCAAUAUUGUUAUUACUAAUUUGAAUAAUUAUAGAUAAGAAACUUUACCAUCGGCUAAUUUUCACUACGAGAAAAAAAAGUGAUUUUUUUGGACCCUUUUUCUGCUUUGGUUACUUCAGAUUCUGAAGGUUAUGUGCAUUUUUUUUAUGUUAAUAGUAAAAAAUAAAGAACUCGACAUACUAGGCAUCUUAUUACUAAAAAAUAUGAGACAUAUUCUGUUGUAAAUAAAAAUUUAGAUAAAUUUCCAGUUACUCAUUUAGCCUUCAAUUGUGAUAAUAAAAUUUUACUUUUAUCAGAUGAACUAGGAAAUGUUACUUUAUGGAGUUUAGUAGAGUUUUUAAAUAAAUUAGAGGAUAUUUAAAAAGAAGAUUUUAAUGUUCAUAAAGAAAAUAAUGAAAAGAUUUUUUAAACAGAAUUCGAAGAAUAAAAAUAAUAAUUAUAAGUAAAUAUUUUUAAAAAAUAAAUAAAUAAUUAAAAUAAUUUAGAGUAUAUAACCAUUAGAUAAUAUAGAGAAAUAUUUUAGUGAAAAAGAUAUAUAAUUUGUGCAUUAAAUAAAAAAUGCACAUAAUGAUGGAAUUACUUGGAUAGAAAUAAUUCGAGAAUAUAAAAUGUUUGCUACAAGUUCUUUUGAUUGUUGUUGUCAUUUAUGGUCUUUCGAAAAUGAAUUCAAGAAAACGGGUUCACUUAUUUUAGGACAUGAUGUAAUGAAUAAUAAUUGGUAAUUAAAAGUAGAUGAAGACAAGAAAAAAUAUGAAGCUAUAAAUUUUAUGAAUAAAUUAAAAAAAAUAAUGAAUGUAAAUGAUGAAGAGGAAAGUUUAUAAUCUAAUAAAGAAUUUGAUAAAAAAACAAAAAAUUAAC